CAUUUAAUAAUAAUGGCAGAGUACGUAACAAGAAUUCCUCCAAAUUCAUACAUUCAUGUUUUAGAUUAGAAUACAAACACAGCAAGGUAAUGAUAUAUUUGUAUAGUAAUUUUAGAUUAGAAGUAGGACCACAUACAUUCAUAAGAAAAGAGCAUGAAAGCAUAAUUGAGGGUCCAAGUAAAAUGAUAAGCUUGGCUCCAAAGACAUAUUGCAAGAUCGGAAAUCCAAUAUUGAGAGAUAAGAAAAAUUAACCUGUUAAAAAUGCUUAUGGAGAAGUAGAGAUCUAGAGGGGAGAAAUUGAGUACAGAACAGCAGAUGAUUUCUCAGAUCCAUUUCCUUUAUUUCCAGGUAAAAGAUUUAACAUAACAACAAUUAGGUGAAAAGUUGGAAGGCAGAGUAGAAUAGUUACUAAUAGUGCAAUAGAAUACAGCAUUGAGAUUAGUUGCUUUAAGAGAUUUUGAAGUAGAAGGAAAGAAAAAAUAAGCUGGUGAAGAAUGGUAAAUUUUUCAUUUAAAUAAAACUAAGGUAACGCAACGGUCCAUUCACUUAUUAUCCAAGAGCAGAAGAAUAAAUAGUAGAAGUAGUUAAAGCUGAGGUUGUUAAACCAAAUUAGGCUUUAAAAUUAAAGGCAACAUAAACAUUUAUUGAUAAAAGUGGAAAAGAAAGAAGAGCAGGGUAAAAUAUGUUUAUUAAUUAUAAAUUAGAUAAGAAUGGUUGAUAAGAGCAACAGGAUCAUAUUUACCAGAUACUUUUGAGAGAGUUUCUGAAGUUGUAAGAGGAGUUGUACUAACAGAUAAAGUUUGUGUUCAUUUGAGAGCUUUGAAUGAAUUCGUGGAUGUUUAUGGAUAAAAGAGAAAACCAGGAAAUGAAUGGAUAAUUACAAAUAAAUAAGCAUAAGUUCAUAUAACUGAUGUUUAUGAAUAAUUGGUAGGAGUAGAAUAAGCAAUUACACUUGGAUCAAGGAAUUAUUGCAUAAUAGUUAAUCCAUAUAAUGAGAAGCUAGAAUAAAAUGAUUGGGGAAUUUAAGUAUUAUUAAAGGGAGAGAAAACAUUCUUUUUAUAACCAGGAGAAGAAUUAUUAGGUGGAAAAAUUGAAGAUGUAUAUAUUUUAAAGUGAAUUUAGAUUGCAAUUCUGGGUGAAGAAGAGGCAUUGUUGGUUUAGGCAAUAUAUGAUCAUUCGGAUGAAGAAGGAUAAUUUAGAAAAGCUGGUUAAAGAUGGAUUGUAAGAGGUCCAAGAGAAUAUAUUCCAGGAGUUAAAGUGUAAGUAGUAGAAUAGAGAAGAGCAAUUCCAUUAGAUGCUAAUGAAGGUAUUUAUGUUAGAGAUAACAGAACUGGAGAAGUUAAAGAGUAUAAUAAUUUUAUUAAUAUAUAGAAUUAAAGGAAAAACUUAUCUUUUGGAGGCUCAUGAAUCAUUAUGGGAAAAACAUUUGCCAGAAAAUGUUGAAUUACUUGUUUAAAGAGCUUCAACUGGAUAACCAUAUGUUCCACCAUCAGUAUAAGCAUCUGGAAAAAUGACUUAUAAUUUUGAUUCAGAAUAACUUAAACCAAGAGAUAAAACAAGAAUUAUAUCUUUUAAAGCCCCACAUAAUUCAGCUAUUUAAUUAUAUGAUUACAAACUUAAAAAAUCUAGAGUAGUAUUUGGACCUGAUCUUGUUAUGCUUGGACCUGAUGAAUAAUUUACUGUACUUAAAUUAUCAGGAGGUAAACCUAAAUAAGAAAAUCUCAUUUAAACAUUGACUUUAAGUUUAGGUCCAGAUUUUAUGACUGAUUAAUUGAUUGUUGAAACUAGUGAUCAUGCUAAAUUAAAAUUAACACUAAGUUAUAAUUGGCAUUUUAAAGUUAAUAAAGAAGAUCCUAAUGAUGCUUAAAAAUUAUUUGCCGUUAAAGAUUUUGUUGGUGAUGCAUGUAAAUCAAUUGCUUCUAGAGUCAGAGGUGCUGUAUCUUCAAUUACUUUUGAAGAUUUUCAUAACAACUCUAGUAUUAAAAUUAGAGAAGCUGUUUUUGGAAAAGAAGGAACUGAAAUCAGAACGUCACAUACUUUUGAAGCUAAUAAUUUAGUUAUUACUUCUGUUGAUAUUUAAGGAUAAGAAAUUACAGAUGAAGCUACUAGAAGAUAAUUAAGUUAGAGUAUUAAUUUGGCUAUUGAAAUCAGUUCAAGAAGUCAAGAAAUGUAAUCUAAACAUCAAGCUUCAAAAUUAGAAUAAGAAGCUAAAGGAUAAUUAGCUAGAUAAAAAUUACUUGAUUAAGCUAAAGCAGAAGAAACUAAAAUUGAAUUAUUGAAACAAUAAGCUCAAAGUGCCAAAGUUAGAGCUGAAGGAGAGGCUGUUGCUAGAGCAAUUGCAGAAACUAUGGAAAAAAAGAUCAAAGCUGAAGCUGAAGUAAAUCAAGCUGAUCUAAGAUCUAAAGCCUAAUAAAUUGAAUAAGAAGCUUUAUUAGAGUAAUUGAAAUAAGAACAAGAAGCUGAAUUAAAUUAUCAAAGAGUAUUUUAUUAUUCUAUUUCUAGUAACUUAUUGAAUUGGAAAUCAAAAAAGCUAAAGAAUUAUCUGAUAUUGAAAUCAAGAAAUUCAAAUAGUAAAUUUCAGCUAUUGGAAAAGAAACUAUCAUAGCUAUGGCUAAAGCCGGACCAGAAACUAAAGCUAAAUUAUUAGGUGGUCUAGGACUUAAAGGAUUCUUGGUUACAGAUGGUAAAAAUCCAAUCAAUCUCUUCAAUACAGCCAAUGGAUUUAUUGGAGAAAAUCUUAAAUGAAAUUAUCAUUAAAGAUCAUCAAUAGAAAUCAAUCAUCUUAC